GAUCACUAAGGUCUAUGGUUUUUUGUGUGCAUUAAGUAGUAAUCUCUGGUAAAUAUGGCUGCGUUAAAGUUGUGGGAGGUGGGGAAAGCAGGUCGGUUGUUGAGACGUGUAUAUGGCAUAACCUGUGUCACCCCAUCCCGCAGUAAUUAUAAAUAUGUGAAUGCAGAGGAAGAAAGUAUGGAAUUCAAGGAUAUAACAGACCGUGCAGCUCAGACUAUGUUUUGGACUGAACUUUUCAGAGGGGCCGGCGUAACAUUGGCACAUAUAUUUAAGGAGCCAGCGACAAUAAAUUAUCCUUUCGAGAAGGGCCCACUGAGUCCGAGGUUCCGCGGUGAACAUGCCCUACGGAGGUAUCCAUCAGGUGAAGAACGCUGUAUAGCGUGUAAACUCUGCGAGGCAAUUUGCCCAGCACAGGCUAUCACUAUUGAAGCAGAGGAACGAGAAGAUGGAAGUCGCCGAACAACACGCUAUGAUAUUGACAUGACAAAAUGUAUAUAUUGUGGAUUCUGCCAGGAAGCUUGUCCUGUUGAUGCCAUAGUGGAGGGCCCAAAUUUUGAGUUCUCUACAGAAACUCACGAGGAAUUGUUGUACAACAAGGAAAAACUGUUGAACAAUGGUGAUAAGUGGGAAUCUGAAAUUGCGGCAAAUAUCCAGGCGGAUCACUUGUACCGAUAAGCAGCUAUUUGUAAUGUGUAUUAUAUUAAGUAGGCAAAAAAUUAAGAAAUUUGUGUUAUUACACUUGUUGAUGUGUGUAUAUCAGUUGUUGAUGAAGAAGAAAUAAAUUGCUGUUUGUGACAGCCAUUAUUUAUAGCAAUUCAACUAUGACCUAUAACUACUAGUGUCUCCACUUAGCAUUCACAAUAAAAAAUUACAGAAGUC